GAAAGCUUCUUUGUGUAGAUCAUGUCGAAGGCUUUAUUAACUUCAACUCAGUGUUCUUAUUUAUAUAUACAAAAUGAAUAGAUAGAAAAAUGACUUGUAAUCAUAUAAUCCUAUCCGGGCCUGUUUUUAAUUUUAUUAAUUGCCGGUUUUUUCUUCAUCUCAUCCCAUCCCUGCUGGAUCUAUCGAUAUGUGUCGGUCAUCAAGCCGGCACGGCAGAAUUGUUCUCAUUUGAUUUGAUUUGGAAAAGUAAAAAUAACUCUUACAAGUGCCGCCGCCUAUGGAGCCGAAUUCGGAAACACGUGAUGCUUCAGCAGCCACAGAUCCCGAGCUGGAUGUAUCCAGCGAACACUUUAACCCACUGCGAGCGCUCUACGAGCCCAAUUAUAAAAUAACAGAAGUACCUCCAAAAGUUCUGUACCAAAACAUAGCCGCCUUCGAGAGUGCUCUUAAAAAGUUUGGCGUAUGGCAGCUCAACAAACGGCAGAAAUCUGGAACGUCGGCGGCACCAGGCCAAGCAGCAGACACAAAGGCUUCGUUGCCUUCCACUUCCAAGUCUGUGACUGUUCUGGAAGAAGUUCCCCAGCGCCGUUUUGAGCCCCAUCAAAUGCCAACGGUCAGCACUGUAAACAAGAAACAUAGACGUAAUAUUUUUACAUACAUGGAGACGACGGUAGGCCCACUGGAACUGUUGAAGAAAUGCAUAGUCGCACCUGCUUCAGAGAACAUUCCAAAGAUCCGCGUGCGGGUUGUACUCCGCAAGGAGCGAGCGAUAGGCGGCUGUGUCGAGGGCGAAUUGGUGGCCUACGACAAACAGUGGAAUCUCCUCCUGAGGAAUGCUACAGAGACAUGGAAGCGUCGCAAAUACAAUUAUGGAGACCAGAAACUCUGCGGACAGCCAAUUGACUGCAGUGCUCGUCUCAGGGAUUUGGGCAUAGAUCUUCCCGCAGUAGAGGCAAAGAGCUUGAAUCGAAAGAAUGUGCAGAUAAAACGUGCCCUGCCACAGGUUUUGAUACGGGGGGAGAAUGUGGUACUAUUAAGUUUAAUUGUUUAAGAUGAAGAUAAUACAAAUUAUCAGUAGCU